AUGCCCGUUCAGGUCACUAAAUUAGCUGGCCAGCCUUUGGGAGCCAAGAUCACAUUACCCGAGGGAUGCACAGAUCCCAGCAAACUGUCCAAGGAGGACUUCGACACCCUUUAUAGGGCUCUUCACGAGCACUUGGUGGUGGUCAUUCCUGGAAUGGAGGAUUUGUCACCCGAAUCCCAAUGGAGACUGACUACGAUGUUUGAUCCGACGUGCGACCAAUCCGGCAAAUCGUACGGCCACGGCAAGGAGUUUCGUCACGACAAGUCUGUUUUGAGAAAAGACGGUACUUCCAUCCCAGACCAGCCUCAAGUGCAGGUUUUGGGUCAGGGACACUGGCCUGCUGGCCACCAUGGUAUGGGUGAAAUCGAUUUGAGACAUCCAACUCAUUUUGACUUCCACAAAAGUGUGCUCACUGACGAACAGGCUUUUGAGCAGGACAUGACCCGUUUCUACCGCUGGCACAUCGACUCCGCAUUGUACGGCUUGUCGCCUCCAGUAGCGACUACAUUACUCGGAAUACACGUUCCCCCACAUUCCAAGAAGCAAAAAGUGGUUUACGAGGACGACAACUCGGUUUUGGAGCUUACACAAGGUGCCACUGCUUUCGUUUCUGGUGCCAAUGCCUUCGAACUUAUGUCUCCCGAAGAUCAAGAACGUGCGUUAAAGACUACUGUCGAAUACGCUCCUCACCCAUAUAUCUUCAUUUCACCAGCUCGUGCUACCUCAGACGGCCUAACGAUGGUCUCCGAAGGCAAAGAGAUGCCGCUCGAUGAAUUGCCUCCUUGGGAAGAAUCUAAGAUCAAAAGGCUACCUUUGGUAUGGACAAACCCUAUUACCAAGAAACAUCACUUGCAGGUUCAUGGAUGUUGUAUCAACAAGCUGUUACUGCCUGACGGCACUACUCUCGAACUCGAAGAUGCCCGUAAAGAGGUUCACCGUUUGAUGAGACCCGCUAUCGCCCCAGAAAACGUCUAUACACAUGAUUGGAACAAAGGUGAUUUGGCCAUUUUCUUCAACAGAGGUGUCUGGCACUCCGUCACCGGUCAGUUCUCCCCCGGUGAGAAAAGAUUGAUGCAUCAAUGUAACAUUGCGUCUGGACAAGAUCCCAAAACAAUGACUGGACAAGCUGCUUGA